GUGGGGAUUAUUAAUCAUCAACAUAGAUCUCGAGCCAUCUGCCGAUGUUUUUCGUUUCGGGAUUCAGAUGCACGUAUAGCGAUAUGUGUAUACGUAUAUGUUGUGCGGGAGAGGGGAAUGCAGAGUCACUCGAUGCCUGCCGUCUCCACCGGCAGAUAGAGCCACAACGCACGCCGCACUCGCGGAAUUCGCUUCGCGGAUUACCCGCCGCCCGCCGUCGCCGCGACUUCGUUUACCCCGGGGGCUACCUCGCGAAAAAUUAUCAGAAGGUUCACGACGAUGACGACGCGGGCGGGUGUCACGGCACAAAUCCCCGAAGGCACCCUGUCCAAUCCUGUCAGAGUCAGCUGUCAAACGGUACGGGAUGUCGAAGAGACCGAUCAACAACCCGACGACGUUUGUCAAUGAACGAUGAACUGCUCCAAGUGAAGAUUUUCUCCUAUCCGAGAUCACGAGCUUCGACGGCUGCUUAACUCCAGUGUUUAACCUCGUCCACGCAAGCUACU